AUGUUACAGGUGAAGAUCCCACGUCGCAGUCUGAGAGAAGAGGAGGUUGACAAUGGCGCUACGCGGCAGAAUUUCAAGACACUUCUGACCACUUACUGGGCACAGUCAUAUAAAAGGGAUCGACGCUACGACAUCGAAGCGCAGUUCUCAAUAGCGAUCCCUAGAAGCAGAAUGUCUUCUUUGCAAGGAAAGGGUUUAUUGCUCGCCCUACUGGCCUGGUUCACACUGCUUGCCGUGGCCUUGGGCUGGCCGGCCUAUGGAUAUCGCACGGAGCGCAACGGGCGCAGUUAUACGGAUAUAGCUCGGGUUGUUAAUCCCAAUCAAUAUGCUUUUGUGGGCAGCCGUAACUAUCCGGGACAGCCAUUUUGGCCAGCAGGCCGCUAAAAGUAACCGUUCGUUUAUUUGAUAAAAACUUAAGCUUACAAUAUAUUAAGUCAGUUUUAGUACAAGUAAAUACAUAUAUUUAGUUUUCUCACAAUUCAAAGGUAUUUUUGAUUAGCCAUUGCGCA